AUGGGGAGUUUGGUUGAGGGGGGGGGCGCGCACUACGCCAUGCCAAGGGACGAAGACAUCGACGAAUUUCUCAACAAAGUGAACGAUGUAACAGAGAAGGUGCAGGACAUUUUGAGCGGGAAAAUAACUGUGGAGGAAAUACAACAAGAGGAGAAGAAGCUGCUCCUGAAGGAGAAAAUCAAACAAAUGAGAGAAGCGGAGAAGAAGGAAGAGGAGCGCAGGAGGUACGUCAUGGGCACAGAGGGUAGCGGAACGAAGGAAAGAAACUACAAGUGCUUCUGUACACAUUGCUUGGUGGAGUUUAAUUACAUAUUGACAAAGUGUCCUAGGUGCUCAGGGGGAGUUAUAACGAAGGAACAAAGAUUGCUUGACUUGCAGGAGAAGGUGAACCAGUACAAAGAAAAGAAAAAAAAAAGAGAUGCCAGAAGGGCUUUCUGGAAGAAGUGGAAAAGUGGGAUAAACCAAAAUAAGGACUCAAACGAGGGGAAAAUAAUCGACAAGGAUGUACAGAAUGAUUCGCCGCAUAAAAUAGCCACCACCGACUACGACAAGUGGAACCAUUACGAACCCAGCUCGGACACUUUUGAUGAAGAUGAGAAAAUCCCCUACGUCCCGAAGGACAACAAGGACUUCAAAAUUUUGGAGAAAAAAUUACAAAGCGAUAUUGACAAGAAGAACCACCAUAGGAAAAUAGCUCAUUCGAUCAAGUUGAAAGGGAAUGAUUUCUUUACGAAAAAGAAAUAUAUCCAGGCCCUUGAAUCUUAUGAGGAAGCACUACAAAUCUGCAAAGACUACCUAGAAAUUUACAACAACGUGGCUUUAUGCUACCUCAAAACCUACAGGUAUCAUAAAGCUAUUCACAGUUGCAACGAAAUCAUUAAAUACUACGAUGUUUUUAAGGGAGAUUUUCAUAUAAAGAAGGAUACCUUAUUUAAGAGUCAUCUUAGGAAAGGAUUUGCAUGGUAUAAGUUAUAUAACUUCGAGGAAGCCUUGGCUAGUUUUCAAUCCGCUUUGGAGUUUUGUCCUGGGGAUGUAGAGGCCUCUGUGUACCUCCAAAAAUGUGAACGCAUGAUGAGGAAGGGGACUCAAUUGGGGGGAGCUGUCUCUCCGAAGGAUUCCUCCCCUCCAGGACAGGUGAACAAUGGAAAUAUAAACCAUGGAAAUAUAAACCAUGCAAAUGUGUACAAUGAAAAUGUACAGAAUGAAAAUGUAAUGAGUGGAAAUGUGGAGGAAGACACCAUGGACCUAUCCCACGCACUCAAUGAGCUAGCCAAAAUGGAUCUCACCAAAGACGGGAAAAUCUUCUUGGAGACGCUCAAAGGAGUGAAGAAAUCUCUUAAGAGAAGCGAAGAGGCCAAGUUGGCAUUCUACUUAAAUGUAUAUUCCAUAGAUUAUAGUAGAGGAGGCACUUGUGGCGGGGUAGCUACCCGGAAAGGAAGAACAACCUUCCUCGCAUUCUGUGCAGAUAAACUGGAAGAAGUGCUCUUCUGCGUGAAGAGAGAACAAAGCGUGGAAAUCUCCCUCCAGGAAAAACACCAACAACUGGAAGGAGGCAACACACUUCCCAAAUACACCUCCCUCAUUGCCAUCGCCCUCAUCGACUUGAUUACCUUCAUCCUGGACGAACACCACCAGUUCUCAGACUUUUGCCUCAGUGCAGUAAAUCCGGUCAUCACCCUCUAUCAGUUAAGGAGAAUUAACAAGGUGAAAGCUGUACAUCUAUUGAAUUCCAUUGGAAGGGAUACGGAAGGGAGGAAGUUGUUACAUGAGCGCAUCAUACAACAGGAAGAUCAUGCCUUGAUGGGAAUGUUCCUCUCUCGAAUUGGUUACCUCAUCGGAAAGGAGAGAAGUGUCUAUACGAGAGAGCAGAACACAAGGAUGAUGUAUCUAGCAGAAUGCGUUGUAAAAAUGGAACACGUUCGAAAGUAUGAAGUGGAUCUUCGUGGGGUUAUCCAAAAGGGGGAGAAGACAGAUUGGGGGAAUUCCACCACUAGACCACCUACAGAGAAGAGUAAAACAAACAAAGGGAGUAAUACAUCGGAGUGGCUCCAAAAGAGAGCAGCCAAAAUGUACAAACACAAGUUGGAAUUAGCCAAUCUGUUUGGAAUCAUUUCACAUCUAACUCUGAAGCAAGACGGGAGAGAUGUUCUAGAGAAAGAGUUCAUGAAGGAUAUCCUUAACAUAAUAAUUUACGUCAAUGAGCUCUUUUACUCUUACCAAAGCCUGAACUGUAACUGCCUGUCGGUUCUGGUUAACCUGGUCAGUAGCACCAAAUUUAGGACCAUUAUCAUGAGUGCCAGUUGGCCGCACAUGCUGCAUUUUGUGGAGAAAUGGCUUCAGGGCACGCCCCCCGGAGAUGACCUCCUUGAAAAUGUCUUGUCGCUCAUUUUCAAUUUAACCUCAACAUGGAAGGAGCAAAUUCGGAAAGGGGAUGGAGAGUCUUUCCGCCAUGGAGAGAAGACUCUAAUUAGGGAAAGCAGUUUACGGCGAAUGAUCUCCUGCAUGGGUUCAACCAACAUGAGGGUAGCUGAGCUCUGCUACUUAAUAGUUAGUCGUUUUUACACCUAUGCUUACUCUGGCGUGGUGGACAUAGAAGGGAAGUCGGUGGGUUCCCCCCCUGGGAAAGAAGAAAGAGUGUGUCCAAGUUAUCUUUUUACAUCUACCCCUAUAGGGAAAACAUCCAACGAGAAUCGAAAUGUCCAACUGGUAGAUUCACUCAAACGAAAAAUAGAGAAGGAGAAUGACCAUCUGGUCCACCUGGAUGAAUUCUCCUUCGACUCGAUGAAGAAGUCUAUCUUGUCUGAGUUGGAGUCGCCACGUGGAGGUGGCUUAACAAGUGCCUGCAUCUACCUACUUUGUUGUUUAUCCAAAUACACAGAUUUUUUGUUUAAGUUGCUGCAUGGGGAGGAGGUCCACCUGGAGAGACUGAGCAACCGACUGGUCUCCCUCUUCGUAGAGAAGAAAAGUAAAGUUCAGCGGGACCAGUCCACAUCUAUCAUGGUAAAGAACAUCGCGACUUUCUUCACACAAAUGAUAAAAAUUAUCAUCGUGAGGGAGGACACCGAUUGGGAAAGUGUCUUCCUAGUCAAGUCCAUCGAGAGAGUCAUUCCCCAUGCAGUUGAGUUGGUGAAUAACGGGAUACACAACGAUGCCACGAGCAAAGAAAUCAGCUUCUUCCUCUCGUAUUGCUUCGUCAACGCGCAUUUUAAGUCGGCGGUGCUCGCUUCCUUCCACAACGAUGUAGGGAGGAUAUGCGCGGUGCUUCGCUGUGGGGGUGGUUGA